AUGGUAAUUGAGCCAAUAAUUACUUACGGUGCCUCGAUCUGGGGCCACGCGGCCACUAAAAGAUACAACAAAAAACUGCUUGCGAAAACACAACGUGGGUUCGCUCUGCGAACCACCAGAGCUUUUAAAAACGUCUCCACCAAUGCGGCCGUCGCUCUCGCGGGUUUCGUUCCCUUAGAUCUUAAGGUCCUCGAGUCCUGUGAGAUCGAGGGAGCACGUAUUAAAGGCGUAAGCAUACACAUACCGGAUGACAUCCCAGUUGAACGACCAACACCAUUCACAGAACUCUUACACCCCGCCUCCAGACCACUCAUCAAAUACCGAACAUAUAAAAAUAACCUCGACAAACACACGGCCGACAACACCAUUAACAUAUACACAGACGGGAGCAAGCAAGAGGCGGGACAAACAGGAGCCGCUUACGUUGCUUACUCCCCGAAUAACACACAAAUAAUACACCAAUGGAAGCGGAAACUACACCCAUCAUGCACAGUGUUCCAGGCCGAACUGGUUGCCAUAAAGGGAGCCAGCGACUGGGCCAUCGCACAUUCACUUAAACAACACAACAAAAACAUACACUCGUACACAAUCAAUUCCGAUUCUAUGGCCGCGCUACAAGCGAUCGGCCAAACAAACAACACACACAACAUAAUCACAAGCAUACACAAAAAUAUUGCCAACAACUCACACAUCAACAUUAAGUUCAACUGGGUAAAAGGUCACGCCGGUAUAGCUGGCAACGAGGCGGCCGAUGAGGCGGCCAAAUCAGCCGCAAACUCCCAUUCGAAAUACUUUUACACACAAUGCCCGAUGGCAUACAUCAAACAGCGGGCCAAACAAGAUACCGCCAGACUGUGGGACAAACGGUUUACCGACGAACCCACAGCUAAACACACUAAACACCUUUUACAAAGCAUCAACAACAUCAACACAUUUAUUAAACUAUAUCCCACUACAUUUCAAAUCACACAGCUACUCACUGGGCAUUCCUUCGCCAAAGAUCACCUAAAACGCUUCCACAUCACAGACAACGACACAUGCCCUUGCGACACAAACACUACACAGACACUCCAACACUUAAUAGAGGAAUGCCCACGCUUCGAACGCCUUAGAUACAGUCACUUACAGAAAAAUAGAAAAUCCCACAAUCCCUACUCCCUAAUCGACAACAAACCCCAAACCAUAGAAUCCCUUCUAAGCAUGGUCACUAAGAUUAUAGAUGCCAUCAAAGAUUACAAUAACCCACAAAUAACAGGCUCGUAA